GCAUUGUUGUUUAACACUGCUCGAUUAGAUGGGUCCAAUUGGACCUUUUUAUAUUUCCAAUACCAACAAUAAUAAUAUUUCAGAAAACAUGUGCUAACAAUAAAGUUAAAGUUGACGACUUUCUUCAAAUUGCGCCUUUGCAACGUGAUGCGGCAUUUAAAAUAACCACAAAAUGUGCGCUGUCAGAGACAUGUCUGCCAAGCCGCCUAUAUUAAUUAUUGAGCCAUUCUAUGGUGGCAGCCACAAGCAGCUCAUAGACACCUUGGUGGAAUGUCUCAAUUUGGCCGACUAUGAAAUCUUCAGUCUUCCUGCAAAGAAAUGGCACUGGCGGGCGCGCACAUCUGCCCUUUAUUUCUCACAGCUGAUACCGCCGGAACAUGAGUACAAAGUGCUCUUCACAAGCUCUGUGCUCAACCUAGCCGAACUGUUGGGCGUGCGUCCCGAUCUGGUAACGUGUCGCAAAAUAGUCUACUUUCAUGAAAAUCAACUUGUGUAUCCAGUGCGCGAGGUUAAGGAACGCGAUUGUCAGUACGGACUAAACCAGAUACUCACAUGUUUGGCGGCCGACAUUGUGCUCUUCAAUUCGAAUUUUAAUCGCACGUCCUUCCUGGAUAAUGUGCAGCCAUUUCUUAACAUACAGCCGGACAUCAAACUUAAGCAUAUACGGGAGCGAAUCGAAAAGAAAUGCGAGGUGCUUUAUUAUCCCAUCAAAUUCCAUGCCUUCCCCAAUAAGCGACACAUCAUGGAUGCGGACAUGAAUGCGGGCAUACAUGAAGAGCCCAACUGCUUGCAUUUGAUUUGGCCACAUCGUUGGGAGCACGACAAGAAUCCCAAACUGCUGGUGGAGGUGUUGCUUGAAUUAAAGAAGCGACAAGUGGACUUCAAGGUGACAAUCUGUGGCGAGAGUUUUCAGGCUGUGCCAGAAGCAUUCGAAGGCAUACAGGAAAAGUUGGGCACCAAGCUAAUCAAUUUCGGUUAUCUAACACGUGAGAAAUACAUAAAGACGUUGCUCACGGGAGAUGUGGUUAUUUCGACGGCCGGCCAUGAAUUCUAUGGCGUGGCCAUGCUAGAAGCCACCUAUUGCGGCUGCAUGCCUAUUGCCCCCAACAAACUGGUCUAUCCGGAAAUCUAUCCAAAGGAGAAUCUGUACAAUACAUCAAAUUCAUUAAUCAAAAUGCUCUACAACUGGUGCCGUAAUCCUGAAGUCUUUCGAAAGCAUCGCGAUAAGUUUUUCGACUAUUUUACAUUUGAUCGGUAUUCGGCGCAACAUUUGGUGCCCAAGUAUUUGGACAAAAUGCGCAUAUAGUUCGAAUCCAUCAGCAUCCGUAUAAAAUAAGUUUCAUGCAUAUACCGAAUUCCGAUUUCACGUUCAGAAUGUCGAUAUAAUAACUAGCUUUUAUACAAAAUGAAUUGUUGUUAAUUAGGACUACUUGUUUUUAGAUAUCGAAAAUGGAAGCGGAAUUCGGAUAAUGCACAAACGUGGUAAAGGCGAUAAUUCCAGUUGCUGUUCUGUGCAAUAAGCGCGAAUUUAGGUUGUAAGAGGAAGGAAAGCGUCCAGCGACAAGCAUAACUGACCAAUUUAUGAUAUAGUUGAUACAUAUAUACAUAUACUUUGUAUAUAACGCGUGCUACAUAUGUACAUAUGUACAUGCCAGGCAGCAUAGAUAAAGAGUACUCUUUAUAUUCAUAAAUAUAUACAUAUAUUAGUACAUAUAGUGUUAUAGUGGCCCCUGUUUGCCCCAGAAUCAAAUGUGCAAUAGAUUACGUCUAUACACAUCAGGAAUAUAGUGCCCAUACAUGCAAGAUACAUAUUAUGUAUAGUAUGCAUGUAUAAUGUUUUAUUGGCCGUAUCUUAUAUAACACAACGCUUACAAUUACAUGCAUGCAUACACAUGUAUCUACAUAUAUAAACAAUUGCGAUUUUUCCGGGCUUUAUAUAAAAUAGGCCCCAUAUUGAAACUGACACUGAUUUGAUUCUUUAUUCAUUCAAUUUUUGCAAAAUGUAACUUUAGUUAACAGUCCCUUUUCAAUUGCUAGUUAAUUGUUGCAAUGUUUUUUACUCAAUAGUUAUUAAUGUAAGAGAACCAGAAGCCAUGAAUCUGAAGCCCUUAGCUGAUGAAUGCGUUUGUUAUCUGAAACACCACAGCAUUGUGCCGUUGGUUGCAUUUCGUUUUCGAAACAUCUAUAAUGUUGAACAUAAUGCCAUUAGUGAUGAAUGCCUUUGUAAGGAAUUUUUAGCUAUUACCCAUUUUAAUAUUUUCUACUUUAUACUUUAAAAUAGACAUAACAAAAUAACAA